AAUCGAAGAUGUACGACCAUUUUAAUAUGGAUGAUCCCAAGGACACCAAGUUCUUGGCUGAUAUGUUCAUUGUCCAGAAGGAAUAUCGUAAAGCCUUUACUGAAGGAACUGAAGAAAAGCUUCUUGAGGGUUCAUUAUUUUGACAAAGUCCUGGAACUCCUAUAUGAAAUCAAAGUUUGGUCACAAAAAUAGAGCAAUGCAUUGAUAAUCUAUGUGAGGAUAAUAAUGAUCCUGAUUUCAAAUAACGAAAGGAAUUUAUAUGCUGAACAGCUAAAAUGAUGCAUACUCACUAAAUCUCCUAACUUAUUGAAAUUUAUCCCUGAAAAAUUCAUGCCAAAAAUUGUAGAAGAGGACUUUGAGAAGCAAAAUGAGGCACUGGCCUGAUAUCUUAUGCCAUCUAAAGAAAACCUGUCUUCUUUUGCACCAACGCUUGAGAAUGGAACUAUUCGGAUAGAGGAUAAUAAUUCAUUUGAAUGCUCAAGCUAUAACAGAACCUCAAACAAGAUCUCUUUUGCCAUGAAAGAGAAUGAAGUCAAGCUGAGAAAUAAUCAAAAGGAGGAUGAAUCAUGAGUCCUUCAUGAUUCUCAGAUUGUCCAUGUGAAAAUUGUUUCUGAUAGGGACCAGAAUGACUCUGAUACAUAUCCCAAUACCUCUGAUUCUGGGUCAAAGCAGGAGAUAUAUAACGUGAGGCUUGAAGAUGAUGACCUUGUUAUUUGUCAAAAAGAGGAUCUAGAUCAAUCAAAGAAGUCUAAUUUUCGCACUAUAAAUCUUGAUCUCUGUGAUGAUCAGGUUGAAAGUCCAAUGGAAGAUGCUCAAGCUAAAACGAGAAAUCUCCAUGGAGCAGAUUUUGAGAGAAUAAUCAAAUUUAACUCAAGGGACGAGCUUGCUGAUCCUCAGUACCAGAAUGGAACUGCAGAGUUUAGGAAAUCAACUAAAAACGAUUCAGAAGAAGACAAUCUCCCAGUCGAGCGAUAUGGUAGUGGCAAAAAUCAAUCUGAGGCCAAGGUAGAGAACAUCCAGGAUCAGAACGAUAUUCAGUUAGAGCCAACGGAUACAUUUUCCUCUUCUACAAUCCAUAAAAAUAUGAAACCAAAAUACACCGGUGGAUAUAUGCCACAAUUACACAGGAAGAAUUCCGGUUCCCAUAUGCUAAGCGAUUUGAACUUCACACAAGAGAACCUUAAUAUAUCAAGUUAUUCAAAAUACAAUGAAGGAAGUUUUAAUCAAGAUCAAUUCAAGAAGACAAUUCAGAGAAAUAUGAGCCCUAAGCCUCAAAUCAUGUCUAUCAAAAAGCAUGUUGAGAGACUUCGAAAAUCAUCAACUAAAUCGACCAUUAGAGAGAAUUUAGAUAAUCAUGCUCAGAAAGGACUUGAGAACAAAUUAAGCCCUAUUAGAAAUAAUAUGCACAAAUGUGACACAAGCUCUUCGCUUCUAAGCUACAGUAAAUUCAAAGAUAAGCUGAGGAAGAACAGCAGGUCGCAGAAUAGAACGAUGCAUAGAAAGAAGAAUAGGACAAAAGUUCAUUACAAAACGAAUCAAAAUGUGCCUAAACCUUCAGUAAAUUCUACCUGCAUCAACCUCUACUCAAGCAUGAAUGGCAGAGCGAAGAAGAGUACAUGAGAAGAGUCGAGUGGAGUUAUCAGAUCAAUAGCUCAAUCUCUCAGAUCAAAGAUGGACAGGAACAGAUCUCAAUCUAAAAUCCAUGCCUACCAGACAGUUGAUACUGACAUUUCGAUUAGCUGUAAAGUUCCUGGAGGGAAAAAGGCUCGAAAUUUGAGACAGAAGGAGGCUUGUUCAAAGACAAAAACUGUCCAUGGAUUCACUACCAGUACUAAAAAGACAAGCUUGAAUCUACGUAAAAAGAGCUUGGUUGGGAACAACCUGAGGCUUAUGAACAGAAAAAGGUCAACAUACUUCUAGUCAUAGAAGAGCGUUUACUAAUUUAGAAUUUCAAUACA